AUGAUGUGUCAAAUACACAGGGCUGGGAUUAGGCAUCAUGGGUUUGCCAAAUACAAUGUACUUGAUAACAGUAGGGUUCCUAUCGUCAUUGGUUUCGAGGACGCUACCGAGGAAGUGUGCCAGUACAAGAUGGAGAUUAUCGUGGAUGCAUUCACCCCUCAUCCUCCCGACUUCAAUUGCAAAGAGUUAUUCGAUGUUUGUCAAGAAUUAGAGAUCUGGAAACCCUCACUUGUUCUCUAUGGCCAUCAAUAUGUUGACGUUUAUCUCCUCGAAGACGUGGAUGAACUUGUCAAGAUGGCACCGCCAUACUGGUCACGACAGCGUGCCUAUAGUACCGCAUCUCGGACCAUCGAGGAGCAUGCUAAGGGAUAA